AUGAGAGGGGCAAACCAAUCGAGCUUCUCCGAGUUCCUCCUCCUGGGGCUCUCCAGGCAGCCCCAGCAGCAGCAGCUCCUCUUUGUGCUCUUCCUGAGCAUGUACCUGGCCACGGUCCUGGGCAACGUGCUCAUCCUCCUGGCCAUCAGCACAGACUCCCGCCUGCACACCCCCAUGUACUUCUUCCUCAGCAACCUGUCCUUCGUGGACGUCUGCUUCUCCUCCACCACUGUCCCCAAGAUGCUGACCAAUCACAUACUUGGCAGUCAGACCAUCUCCUUCUUGGGGUGUCUCACACAGAUGUACUUUCUCUUUGGAUUUACUGACAUGGACAAUUUCCUCCUGGCUGUGAUGGCCUAUGACCGCUUUGUGGCUGUGUGUCACCCGUUACACUACACAACAAAGAUGACCCCUCAGCUCUGUGUCCUGCUCGUCACUGGAUCCUGGGUCAUUGCCAUUCUGAAUUCUCUGUUGCACACCCUGCUGAUGGCCCGACUCUCAUUCUGUGCAGACAACACGAUCCCCCACUUCUUCUGUGAUGUGCUUCCUCUCCUGAAACUCUCCUGCUCUGAAACACACCUCAAUGACAUCAUGAUUCUCACUGAGGGCACCCUGAUUAUGAUCCCUCCAUUUGUUUGUAUCCUGGUUUCCUACAUUUGUAUCACUUGGGCAGUCCUGAGAGUGCCGUCCACAAAGGGAAAAUGGAAGGCCUUCUCCACCUGUGGCUCCCACCUGGUUGUGGUUUCCCUCUUCUAUGGCACCAUCAUUGCUGUGUAUUUCAACCCUUCAUCCUCCCAUUCAGCUGAGACAGACACUGCAGCUACUGUGAUGUACACAGUGGUGACUCCCAUGCUGAACCCAUUCAUCUACAGCCUCAGGAACAAGGAGUUGAAAGGGGCUCUAAGAACAGUGAUUGGCAGGAACCUAUGUUCUAACUGA